UAUUUCGUCCACCCAGCGGAGGAAGGAAAAAAUUAAUUAAAAGGGUGAAAGUUCAAAGGGGGAGAAGGGGAAGGCGACCAUCUUUGCCAGGGCAAAGGAACGUAGGCAACUCGACGCCCCCUUCCGAUCGCCGUGGAACGGAGGAUUUUUUUGUUCGGAUCUCAAGUUUCUGAUUUAUUUGGCGUCGAUUUCUUGGAAUCCGUCAAUCGGGGUCUCCGAUUGGAGGCCGGUGAUCGGGCGAGGACGAUUAGAUAUCGAUCAUGGCGUGUAAGGGGUUCUGGGAGUGCUUGUUAAAGCUUCUCAACUUUCUAUUGACGCUCACCGGGUUGGCGAUGGUGGGAUAUGGGAUUUAUUUGCUGGUGAUAUGGAAUAAGGCCUCUUCUAGCGGCGUUGGCGAGGACCUGGUUUUGCCGACGGGCGGUGAUCCCGAGUUCUUGAAGCUUGGACGGCCCAUGCUUGUCGCCGUGUCCCUUUCGUCGAGCUUUCUCGAUCAUCUUCCCAAAGCUUGGUUCAUUUAUUUGUUUAUUGGUGUUGGGAUUAUUAUCUUUGUCAUAUCAUGCUUUGGCUGCAUUGGAGCAUUAACAAGAAACGGGUGCUGCCUGUCUUGUUAUGCUUUUCUAGUGAUCUUGUUGGUUCUAGUUGAGGUGGCUGCUGCUGCUUUCAUAAUCUUUGACCAUAGCUGGAAGGAUCUGAUUCCUGAUGAUAAAACUGGAAAUUUUGAGACUAUAUAUAAUUUUUUGGAGGAUAACUGGAAGAUAGCAAAGUGGGUUGCUCUUGGAGCUGUUAUUUUAGAGGCCUUUGUAUUUGUGUUAGCCCUUAUUGUAAGAGCAGCAAACAGGCCUGCCGAAUAUGAUAGUGAUGAUGAAUAUAUUGCUCCAAGAUCUACCAUCCGACAGCCAUUAAUGAACCGGCAAGGAACUCCGGCAACUGGAGUACCUGUUCUUGGCACUCUUGACCAUCGUCCUAGCAGAAAUGAUGCCUGGAGCCAACGGAUGAGGGAAAAGUAUGGUCUUGAUACCUCUGAGUUCACGUACAACCCAUCAGACCCAAACAGAUAUCAACCAGCUACUGCACCUCAGGUGGAAGAAAGGGGCCGCUGCAUCAUUAUGUGAACAUCCUUAAAUCAAAUAUCAGCUGUUUCAUAUUCUUAUCUUAAGAGCAUGCAAUAUAUACUUUCAUGAAGAGCAUUGGAAGGUGGUGAACAAGCAGCGGUAGCUUCUGCCCUUGGACAUCUUUAACGUCUUUAUUAGCAGAACCUUUGUUUCUUCAUUUGCAAAAACAUGAGCAUUUAUUUUCAGCUCAUCCUCUGCUGUUAUUUCCGUGGAACUCAAAAGCUAUGUUCUUUCUUUUUUUUUUAGAUUUGUUCUGUUUUCAUGAUCUUAUAUUGGAGAACUUCCAUCAUCCAUGGUCAUAUUAAUAUCAGAAAGAAUACUUUCAGCA